AUGCCCAAAACAGCCCUUAAGCAAAAAUCCAAGCGGACGACCGCCCGGUCUCCGCUCGACAAUGCGCCGAUGCAUCCCCGUCCCCGUCCCGCAGACAACGACAUUGACAUGGGCGACGAAACCUCCAGUGACGAGGAAGAUCUUCCCGAGAAAGAUGCCGCGGAGAAGAAGCUUGAGCAGAUGCUUUUCGGCGACGAUGAGGGGUUCAUGGGGGCGUUGAAGAGUCAACAGGAGCGUGCGGAUGCGAUGCAGCUUACCCUGCUCAGUGAUGAGGAUAGUGAGGGCGCUGCUGGUCUGGGAGACAGUGAUGCGGAGGAACAGGGUGAUUUGGCUGAUAUGGCUGAUUCGGAUCUCUUCUUCCUCGACUCCGGCAGUGCACCCGCUGAUACGAAUAUGAUUCCUCCCCCGGAAACACCAUCGGACGAGGAGGACUCGGACGAGGAAUCUGCCCCGGCCGUCUGGGCCGAUAGUGACGACGAGCGCAUCGCAGUCUCACUAGCUGGUCAGGCUAAGUUGCGCAAGUUGCGCACCACCGAAGACGAAGAUGUUAUCAAUGGCAAGGAUUACGUUCGACGACUACGCAAACAAUUCCAGCGCCUUCACCCCACGCCCGAUUGGGCGAAUCCCGAGCUCGCGGCUAAGCGUCGCAAGGUGGACUCGGACGACUCGGACGCGGAUAGCGCUGAGGAUAUGGACUCUGAUGAGGAGGAGCAACUAUCCAUGCAGCCUCUCGCCAAACUGCUUCAAAAUGCUUCAGAUCUUACUCGUGUCGAGGAUAAUGCCCGCGCUGGCGGGAAGCGCAAGCUGCGCCAGGAAGUCUUGGAUAUUCAGCGUCUGAAGGAUGUCGGCAAGACACAGCCGUCUUCCGUCGACUCCCUCACUUUCCACCCACACUACCCCCUCCUGCUCUCCUCAGGCCCAGCAUCAACCCUCUUCCUUCACCACAUCUCCCCCUCAUCCCCAUCUCCAAACCCGCUCCUAACAUCCCUGCACAUCCGCCGCACACCACUCCACACCUCAACCUUCGCCGCACCCAGCGGCAACCGAAUCUUCGCCUCAGGCCGCCGCCGCUACUUCCACAUCUGGGACCUGGACACCGGCAAAGUGGACAAAGUAAACGGCGCCUCGGACCGCAACGAGCAAAAAUCCAUGGAACGCUUCAAGGUCUCCCCCUGCGGCCGCUACGUCGGUCUAAUCGGCAGUUCGCGCAAAGGAGGCGGCCUGAUCAAUGUUCUGGACAGCGGUACUGCGCAGUGGAUUGCGCAGGUCCGCGUCGAUGGUCGGGGCGGCGUGGCUGAUUUCGCUUGGUGGUCUGAUGGUGAGGGAAUGACUGUUGCUAGUAAGAAUGGUGAGGUUUCGGAGUGGGAUGGGAAGUUGCGUCGUGUUGUGGCGCGGUGGGUUGAUGCUGGUGCUGUUGGUACGACGGUGCUUAGUCUUGGUGGGAGAUCGGGUCGCACUCAACUUGGUGGGGAUCGGUGGGUUGCCAUCGGUAGUUCGAGUGGUGUUGUCAAUAUUUAUGAUCGGAGGGAUUGGGCUACUGCGUACGCUAAUGCCGGCGCUGCUGCUGGUGGUGGUGAGAAGGAUGCUGCUGUCCAGAAUGGAAUUCCCAGAAACCCGGUCCCUGUUCGUGCCUUGGAUCAACUUACUACCCCGAUCAGCCAUUUGGUUUUUGCGCCGGAUGGUCAGAUGCUUGCUAUGGGUAGUCGGUGGAAGCGUGAUGCUUUGCGACUUGUCCAUCUCCCCUCCUGCACCGUCUACAGGAACUGGCCUACGUCCAACACACCCCUCGGUCGUAUUUCGGCCGUGGCCAUCUCGCCUAAUUCGGAGCAAUUGGCCGUCGCCAAUGAACAAGGUCGUGUGCGACUUUGGGAGAUCCGUGGAUAG